AUGUCACACACUUCCCAAACCACUUCAUCUUUACCCACGCUACAAAAUAUGUUUAAGAAGAGGAUUUCUAUCAAAAAGGAAGGCGAUGAAAAUAAUUAUUACAACUUUAAAUUCGUUCCUAGUGAUACUAAAGAAGAUAUCCACGAAGUAAUUUCUAAUUGCUUCGAAAUGGAUUGUUUUUCACUUCGUGAUCACGAAGGAAAUUUCAUUACCGGAAGUUAUGCAUCCUUGGAGAGAGAUAAAACCUAUGAUAUAGUUGAUCGUAACGAAAGUAAAUUGAGAAAUUCUCCUACCUAUCACGAUGGUACUAACGAAAGUAUCAAUUCUAGUGGAAGCAAGAGCAUCGAAAAUGAAAAUGCGAUAAAGGAAAAAAAACGCAAAACCCAACGGCAAAAUGAACCAGCGGAAAAUAAUCCAGGUCCUUCCGUUACCAACAAAAAAAAACCCAAGCCGACGCAACAAGUUAAGGCUUGCUCAAGGGAACCCGAAUUUCGUUCUAUUAUUGUAAAAUAUCCAAAAGAAUCAUCAUCUUUUAAAAUCGGCUCCAAACAAUUCAUCGAAUGGAAAUCCACAUUACCCCGUUCCACUGAAGUUAUCGUAGAAAUAUUAAGUUCCCCACGUUAUGAGUUCAGUCCUCCUGAAACCAUUUGGAAAACCACCGCCAGUAUUGGUAGUGGAAAGGUUUCAUUUAUUGUAGGACAAUGGUUUUAUUAUAAUAUUUAUAAUGCCAGAGUUUAUACUCAAAAUCAUCCUCGAGUAAUUGGUACUUCCGGUCAUUUCACCAUUUAUUCUCUACCAAUCCAAUCAUAA